UUCCAGUGCCGCAGGCAGUUGAAAAAAGGGUAGCGGCGGGGAUCGCGGACCCGCCCAGGGUUUGGCGGCCCGGAACCUCCUGCAGGGCCUUCCCGCGCGGAGCCGUACAGUACUUUCUUCAUGAUAAACACCCCACGUUAACACCACCCCAGGCUGGCCACUUCCGAAGCCCCGGAUGCCAUGGAGGAGUGGGACGUGCCCCAGAUGAAGAAAGAGGUCGAGAGCCUCAAGUACCAGCUGGCCUUCAAGAGGGAGAUGUCAUCCAAGACUAUCCCUGAGCUCCUCAAGUGGAUCGAGGACGGGAUCCCCAAGGACCCCUUCCUGAACCCCGACCUGAUGAAGAACAACCCGUGGGUGGAGAAGGGCAAGUGUGCCAUCCUGUGA